GAGAGAGGGAGAGAGAGAGGGAGAAAGAGAGAGAGAGAGAGAGAUUGCUAUGAGACUGAGAGGGAUCUGGAGAAUCCAUUUCUCUCCUCUCUCGUUCUGCUCCUGGCAAGUCUUCUCAGCAUCCAUCUGCCCUUCUGAUGUCUGGCGACUUUUCUCAUUCUGCUUUUCAUCGAUUUUGAUUCCCUUCUAGAGAAGGAAAACUUUCGAAAGGCGUAAGAGUUUUGGAAGCACUCCUGCUGUGAUCUCUCACGAUUCCAGCCGCUGUCCCCGUCUCCGCAGGGACUGCGGAGGAGGACAAAGGCCAUGGCCUCGUGGUUCGGCUGGAACGAGCCGUAUUACCGGAGGCCCCGACGGGACCCGGCCGACGUGGUCACCGACACCCUGAUGCUGGAGUUCAGCUGGCAGCUGAAGGAGGCGGAGAGGCGGCAGAGAGAGAGGGACAUCGAGUACCAGCGCCUCAAGACCGGGGUGGACUACAGCUGGCUGGCCAACCCGCCGCGCUCCUCCUACAGCCUCUGCACCGGGGAGCGGCUCGGCCUCGAGGAGCUCUGCUCCAAGGUGCCGCCGCCGUGCUGCGGCCAGGUCAUACUCAGGUUCAGAGAAGUUCUGCAGGCCAAUGAGCCCGAGGUGCACGAGGUGUCCGGCCUGUUCCGCUCCGUCCUCCUGGAAACUCUGGACCAGCUGAAGGAGGAGCAGGAGGCGCAGCGGCUCGCCCACCAGUGGCACAACAGACGAGGCGUGAGCACGUCCCUCAUGAACUUCAGGUCGCGGAUCAAGAUCAACCCGUUUGGGAGCACAGUGGGCCUGACCUCCACCGAGGCCGACGGGAUGGGGCUGAACGAGCUCAAGACGGUGUCGGAGGAUGUGGAGAAGGGCACGGAGAGGUCCCACAGGGUGUGGAGCAUGCCGGACUUCAGAUACAAAGGAAGCAGCAGCAGCGAGGUUGUCUGAUGGGAGGCGUUCACGGCCACAUGCAUUUACUAAUUUACCUGUGAGGGCAAUGCCAGGCGUUUCUUUUCCCAUCGGAGCCUCUGUAACUUUAAUAGAACUUUUUUGGGACUGAAGCGGUUGACAUUUUGUGUAAGAGUAUCGCCUCUGGCAGUGGAACGACUUUUUUCUUUUUUGUAGACAGUAUCCAAGCAACGAGGGCUAUUUACGGUUGGCGUAGGAUACGCUUGUCAUAUGCAGGAUGUGUUGAUUAUGGCAGGAACGUGUGAAAAAUGUUGUUUGGUCAGAGAACACAAAAAUGAAUGGUCUUUCAUGACAGUACACACAUAAAAGUAUUUAUAAACUG